AUGUGGUAUUAUAGUUUCUUACGGAUUGCUUUAAGAUCCUCUAACGCUAUACUUUCAGAACUGGAAGGUAGCACAAAUUCCAUAGACGAAUCUUUCAGCACAGAGGUACGUCACCGCCUGUUGGGACACAGUGCUAGGAGUCCUCAAGGGAAAAACUGCUUUGAAAACAUGGAGAGCAUAAGGAAACUUUUCUUAGAUAGUAAACCAACUGCUAAGAAAGUUAUGAAAGCUUUAUAUGCCAACCCUACCACUGAUGCAGAGAAGCAGUCAUUGGCUUUUCUGAGGAAAUUUAUAAAGUCUCUUGAUGCUGUGUCGCUAAACGUCUUCUUCAAGUUUCUUACUGGCUCCUGACGUAUGGUAGUCAAAACUAUUUCUGUUUCAUUCACCUCAUUGGACGACUGGGAAGAACUCACCCGUGUGGGCCCAGUCUCAGAGGAAUUAUCAGAGGAAUUUACCAACAUCCUGAGAGAAAAGGAAUCAUGGACAUUCAAUAUUGUUUAGACUGAACUGGUCUAGUAUCCAGUGAACCGUUGUUUCUUUUUGUACAAGCAGAUUGCAUAAGAAGAAUAAGUUCAGAUAUUGGAUGACGCCUUCGUCAGCUUUUACUGAAGUCCCUGUUCAAGUUGAAUGCUAUUUUAUAAAGUAUCAUUAAUGCUUUUUUAUAAAGAAUGUUAUCAUUAUUGUUCCAGCCCUUUCCCAUUGAAAAUAAAUAGAAUUAUAUUACUGACAUUGCAUCAUGUGAUAAACGAGAAAAAAAAA